CAGAGGUCAGCAAUGUCACACAUCAACACCACCGAGCUGCAGUCGCUCCUGCUCUCCUUCCUGCAGCACUGCUUCAACAGCACCAGUAUACUGUCUCCACAGAUACCUCAGAACUACACUACCCAGCCGGCUGCACAGGCUGGAGCCCGGGCCCACGCUCAGUCUCAGGGCAUGAUGUAUAUCAUCCUGGUGGUUGGCAUGUUCAGCUUCUUCACAUUCGGUAUCAUGCUCAGCUACAUUCGCUCCAAGAAGCUGGAGAGCUCUCAUGAUCCGUACCACCAGUACAUUGCCCACGACUGGACCAAGGCGAUAACUCCGCCCAGGGCCGUGGCUCAGGCUCUGCACAGGGAAGCUGCAAGUCCCGGAGCCGGCGGCAAAGAGCCCAUCGUCAUCUGCAACCCUGCAACGCUGGAGCAGCUGCCAGACUAG